UAAAACCAUUUUCCAUGACAAUAAUAGUCACUUGCCACUCACGCGCAUCUCUCUCCUCUCAAAUCUGUUUGAGUUGAUAUUGCGCUUUCGAACAACUCUCUCUUUCAAGAGUUUCGAUCUCCGAUUUGAUGCAUCAACUGCAAGGAGAUGAAAGUCUACAGAAGAUGCAGCAGCGCUUGAGCUUCCGUUUGAUUCCUCCGAGUUUCUCUAUUGCUGUUUUAUGAAGCUUCCUUGGUCGAUUCUGCCUGCCCUUCUUCUCUUCUGACAGUUUCAUCUUUUUGGCAACUCAGAUGACAUAGAUUUUCAUUGAUGAUCAUAAAACCAUGGAUGUUCCGGAGGUUGAAGAAAUAUUUUUUGCUGCCGGUGAUGCCAAGUUGCAUGGAGAAAUGUACAAGAAGCUCGCUGCAAUUUAUGGUCAAGUUAUGUCAAUUUUCCCUUCCUUGGAAGCAGCACGACCUAGAAGCAAAACUGGUAUUCAGGCUUUAUGUUCGUUACAUGUUGCUCUUGAGAAGGCCAAGAAUACUCUUCGGCAUUGCUCGGAGUCCAGUAAACUCUACUUGGCUAUAACUGGAGACGCUGUUCUAGCCAAAUUUGAGAAGGCAAGAUGUUCUCUUGAAGCUAGUCUUAUAUGCGUUGAAGAUAUUGUCUCACAAUCAAUUGGAUUUCAGAUUCAGCCAAUAGUGAACGAACUCAAGGACACUGUUUUCUUACUCGAUCCACUCGAGAAACAGGUUGGUGAUGAUAUCAUUGCACUACUCUUGCAAGAAAGAAAAUUUGAUGAUUCCAAUGGCCACAAUGAGCUAGAGCAUUUUCAUAUGGCUGCCACGAAACUUGGAAUUACCUCAUCCAAAGCAGCCCUCACAGAGAGGAGAGCUCUUAAGAGACUUGUAGAACGAGCUCGCUUAGAAGAAGACAAGCGAAAGGAAUCAAUUGUAGCUUAUCUUUUGCAUCUCAUGAGGAAGUAUUCUAAGUUAUUUAGAAGUGAGGUAUUGGAUGACACCGACUCACAGGGUGGAUCAACUCCUUGUUCUCCUACUGUUCGGUGUUCUCUUGAGGACAAUGGACUUACAGCAAACGGUCAAGCUUUUGAACAGCAGCUUUCAAAGCUCAGUUCCUUUAAUUUCAAGCCAAAUUAUAGGACAUCAGGGAAAAUGCCUCUUCCACCCGAGGAGUUGAGGUGUCCAAUAUCAUUGCAGCUAAUGUACGACCCUGUAAUAAUUGAUUCUGGGCAAACAUAUGAAAGGAUUUGCAUAGAAAAGUGGUUCAGUGAUGGUCAUAAAACCUGCCCGAAGACCCAACAGAGGCUCUCCCACCUGUCCAUGACGCCUAAUUAUUCUGUGAAGGGUCUCAUUGCUAAUUGGUGUGAACAUAACGGUGUUCCGAUCCCUGAUGGUCCACCAACGUCACUUGAUCUGAAUUAUUGGAGGCUUGCAUUGUCUGAUUCUGAAUCUGGAACAUCAAGAUCUGUGGACAAUGUUGUUGGCUCUCACACGUUGAAGGAAGUUAAGGUAGUUCCUUUGGAAGAAAGUGGAUCAAUUAAAGUUGAUGAAGAAAAUGAAGCAGAUGAUAAUACACGCACGGAGGAGUCGUCUAAUUUCAUUACACUGGAGAGUUGUGUAAAUUUUAUGACAGUAUUGACUGAAGAGGGAGACUUGAGAACAAAAUGUAGGGUUGUGGAACAGAUAAGACUUUCACUGAAGGAUGAUGAUGAAGCUCGAAUUUUGAUGGGAGCCAAUGGCUUUGCUGAAGCACUUAUGGAAUUCCUAACUUUAGCUCUUAUUGAAGAAAACGCUGAUGCUCAGGAAAGUGGAGCCAUGGCUCUCUUCAAUCUUUCUGUCAACAACAACAGAAACAGGGAAAUGAUGAUUGCAGCGGGUGUAAUCUCGUUGUUGGAGAACAUGAUUUUGAAAGCCAAUUUACAUGGACCUGCAACAGCUCUGUAUUUGAAUCUUUCCUGCCUAGAAGAUGCCAAACCCAUCAUUAGUUCGAGUAGAGCCGUUCCUUUCCUGAUCCAGCUGCUUACUCAUAACGGCGAAUCCCAAACCAAGCUCGAUGCUCUUCAUACCCUCUAUAACCUUUCAACCACGCCCUCCAUCGUUCCUGUUCUCCUCUCCGCUGGUAUUAUCGCUGGACUUCAAUCCUUCAUCGCAGCUCCAAGCGACAGUACAUGGACAGAGACUUCCUUAGCUAUCUUAAUAAACAUAGCUUCAAGCCAGUUGGGUAUAGAACAAGUAACUUCGGCUCCAGAGCUUAUCAGUGGGUUGGCAGCAAUCGUGGACGCCGGCGAACGUGCCGAGCAGGAGCAAGCUGUCUCGUGUUUGUUGACUUUGUGUAGAGGGAGUGAAAGAUGCAGUCAAAUGGUGUUACAAGAAGGAGUGAUUCCGGGAUUGGUGGCAGUUACAGUAAAUGGGAGUUCGAGAGGGAAAAUAAAAGCUCAAAAACUUCUGAUGUUGUUUAGGGAGCAGAGGCAAAAAGACACAGCCGAUACCAUUCAGCAGCGAGAUGGAAAUAGUGACGCUGCAGCCAUGGGUGCUCCAGAUUAUAAGCCAUUAUGCAAAUCAGUGUCCAAGAAAAAGAUGGGGAAAGCUUUAAGCUUUUUUGCGAAGAGCAAACGAUUUUCACUCUACCAAUGUUGAGCCCAUCAUCCUUGUAUAUUCUGCUGUUACCAUAUAUAUAUAUGUAUGUAUGUAUGUAUGUAUAUUUCUUUCUAGUCCCCUUUGUAUCCUAUCGCUAUCAUCCUUCCUUUGGUUUCCUUUUCUAGUAGGACUAGAAUUGUACAGUUUUCUGUAAUUAAUUAUUUUGUUUCCUUCUUUUUGUAUUAAAGCAUGAUAUAAACUAAAUGUGUUUUUUUUUUUCUUCGCUUAAA